AUGGACGUGCUUCCUUUGAAUUUUAAAGUUUUGCAACUCUCUGGUCUCUGGUACGAGGAAAACGAAAGUUUCGGAUUUGCAAGAAAAGUUUAUCAGCUGAUUGGAAUAGCAACUGUUUAUUACUUAACGUUUGUUCUAAUUGCUAAAGUUGUUCUUGAGAAAAGCAACAUUGAUGAUAUAACUGAGUCACUAUUUUUGGCAAUGAAGUACUCGACACUCUGCUUCAAAAUUUUUUAUUUUUUAUUCCACCGAAACAACUUUUAUAACGUUUCAAGUCCAGAAGUAUUAUACUUUACAAUUUGUUUUAAUGCAAUAACAGCACUUUAUGCUAUUGUGAUUCACACUUCUCUUGACGCAAUGUCUGUUGGACUGUUCAUCGUAAUAACCGGACAGUUGGAGUUAAAUGCCCAUAGAAUAAAAAAAUUGAGUCAUGGUGAUGUGCUUGGCAUAAAGGAUUGUGUCAUCCAUAAUGUCUUGAUUCGGGAAUUGACAAAAAAAGUAGAAUCUUUUGUCACUGGAGUUGUCAUACCGUUUUUUUUAUUUGCCAUGGCAAGUAUUUGCUCUGGAAUAUUUCAAGCUUCCAAGUAUGACAUCUUUAGCUUUGAUUUCACGUGGAUUUACGUUUUCGUUUUAAACAAUUUGCAGCAUGUCUUUAUCUACUGUUGGUUUGGCAAUCAAUUGAUGUUGACGAGUCAAGAAAUAUCCAACGCUAUCUACGAAAGCAAUUGGAUUCUUAUGAAUCCCCGAGAAAGGAAAUUUUUAUUGAUUUCGAUGAUUAGUAACAAACAAGGUCAAAGUAUUUCUCGUCAUGGAUUGUGUGCACUAAAUCUCAACACAUUUUUAUGA